GCGACGGUCACUGUCGUAAAAAAAAAAUAUUGCUUGACGGCAGAAUUUGCCUGUACAAACAUGGCUGAUUCAUUAAUAUGUCGCGAAACGCAAUGCAGGGUGAGUUCCGUUCUAAACAGAGAUGUAAAGCAGUAUGGAAAGAAGUACAUGUUUGACAACAAUGAAGAGACGUGCUGGAAUUCAGACCAGGGUGAAAGCCAGUGGUUGAUUUUGGAGUUCCCCCAGGCGAUUAGGGUGUCUGAGUUACAAUUUCAGUUCCAGGGGGGCUUUUCGGCCAAAACAUGCAGACUGGAAGGUUGUUUAAAAGGUGGUGAUUUUUCUGUUAUCAGUCAUUUUUAUCCAGAGGACAACAACUCUCUUCAGUGUUUUCCCAUACAGGAGGCCCCUACUGUGGACAGAGUAAAAAUAUUGUUUGAGAACAGUGCCGACUUUUUUGGGAGAAUUAUUAUUUAUUCUUUGGACAUCCUGGGGGAGAAAGCCAUAUGACCAUAUUUUACCCUCACAAGAGAGAUGGGAAGGAUAUGCACUCUUUGUGAAAUGUAAAGGACACAGGAUGCCUGCAACUCCACCAUCUCAUAAAAUGCAAUUGAGUCAAAUAGAGUGCAGUCCUUGGAUGCUGUUGAUUCGGUAGCAAAAAGUAUCUUGGAGGAUAAUCAUCAUUCCAGCAGAGACCACCAUAUAAAAAUACAUUUAUUAAAACCUGUUUAGUUUUCUUGCUGCACAAUUGCCAAGUUUUGAUUAUUUUUGUUAUUCUGCCAUGGAACGCAAUAAACAUUUUGUAUAUUUG